AUGGGCUCCGUCGUCCUCCCUCAUCUCGUCACUGGCUGGCAUGUCGAUCAGGCUAUUAUGAGCGAGGACGAAAGGCUGGUGAUCAUCCGCUUCGGUCGUGACUGGGACCCUGAUUGCAUGAGACAAGACGAAGUCCUGUACCGCAUCGCCGAUCGAGUCAAGAACUUUGCUGUCAUCUAUGUGUGCGAUCUCGACCAGGUCCCCGACUUCAAGCAGAUGUACGAACUGUACGACCCGGUAACAAUGAUGUUUUUCUUUCGAAACAAGCAUAUGAUGUGCGAUUUUGGAACUGGGAAUAAUAAUAAGUUGAAUUGGGUGCUUGAGGACAAGCAAGAACUUAUCGACAUUAUCGAGACCAUUUAUCGUGGAGCCAAAAAAGGGCGUGGAUUGGUGGUCAGCCCUAAAGAUUACUCUACGCGAUAUCGGUAUUGA